AUGUGGCAGUUUAGACUGUUGGAACUGGUAAUAAGUAACCUAAAGAGAGGAGGAGAAGACAGAAGCAGUGGAAAUGCUGUUGGGCAAAUCCAGAAGUUCAUCUCUAUUAUUGCAAUCUCCAUUGUCCUAUCUUUGAAGCUGAUGAGAUGGCUGGAGAUAAGGAACUAUCGUCAAAUGAUUUUGAGAGUUCGCUCGAGGAGGGAACAAUCUUUAAAGGACAUGAGAAAUGUUAUGGAUGGGAUUAAAACGAUGGGUACCUAUCAAACAAAAAUUGACCAUGAACAACUCCUCUCACUUCGUGAUCUCUGUAAAUCGAUAAAAGUAGGGGAUGUAUCAGCAAGCUACAUACUACAUGCCUACAUGGAGAAAGCUUUGGAAGCCACAAAAAAAUUCAACUGUAUCACAGAAUUUCUUCCAGAAUGCCAAACACAACUCUUAGAAUUAGAAGAUAAGACGAAGGGACUACUGUAUGGGAUCCCUGUCAGCAUCAAGGAGAACAUUAACUGCAAGGGUCACGAUUCAACUUGUGGACUUAAGAAAUUUAUAAAUAAGCCUGUCAGUGAAGACUGUGUGAUAGUUCAGGUGCUGAAGAAACAAGGAGCGAUUCCAUUUGUGAAAACCAAUGUUCCUCAGACAUUAUUCAGCUAUGAAUGCAGUAAUCCCAUUUAUGGUCAAACCGUCAAUCCAUUCAACACCAAGCGGACAUCCGGCGGGUCAUCUGGUGGGGAGGCUGCCCUGAUUGCAGCAGGUGGCUCCAUCCUUGGCAUUGGAACAGAUGUCGGUGGCAGCAUACGCUUUCCAGCUGCAUUCUGUGGAAUCUGUGGCUUCAAACCAACGGCAAGCCGAUUAAGCAAAAAGGGGUUGACAGUAAAUGCAUCUGGACAGAGAACGGUUGAAUCAUCUGUUGGUCCACUAGCCAGAGAUGUGGAUAGCUUGGCAUAUUGCAUGAAAGCUCUGUUGUGUGAAGAAAUGUUUGAGUUGGAUCCCACUGUGCCACCUAUUCCCUUCGAUGAUAUGGUCUAUGCCGAUACCAAGCCUUUGAAGAUCGGUUACUUUGAAAGCGAUGGAUACUGGAUCCCCUCCCCAAGCAUGAAACGUGCCGUGUUGGAAACUAAACAACUACUGAAGGAUGCUGGACACACGUUGAUAUCAUUCACACCACCAAAAAUGUUCUAUGCUAUGAAUGAAGUAAUAUUUCAGGGACUUCUUGCAGACAGCGGUGCUACCUUCCUGGAAAACCUUAAAGGCGACAUUAUCGAUCCUCAUUUAAGAACUCAGGUAUCGACGUACUCUAUGCCCGGAAUAAUGAAAAAGCUCUUGUAUUUUUUUCUGAAGCCUUUUAGUCCCAGGGUUGCUGCUGGCUUCAGGGCGAUAGGGGGAAUAGGGUCAGUUAAGGAACUGUGGAAGCACCACAUUGCAGCAGUGACGUACCGUGAAGAAUAUGUGAACGCUUGGAAACACCAGAACAUUGAAGUCUUACUCUGUCCAUCAUUAGGACCUGCACUUAAUAUUGGAUAUGCAGGAAAAUUGUCGGCUGCAUCCAGCUACAUGGUUAUUUUCAACUUGUUAAAUUUUCCUGCGGGUGUUGUACCAGUUACCAAUGUAACAGAGGAAGAUGAGAAAGAGCUGAUGAAUUAUACUGGUUACCUAAAUGAUAUUUGGGACAAAACUUUCAAGAAGGCUAUGGCAGGAGGUGUUGAUCUUCCUUUAGCUGUGCAAUGUGUGGCCUUACCCUGGCAAGAUGAACUCUGUCUUCGUUUCAUGAAGGAGGUGGAAAGACUCGUCAAUUUAAAGAAAAUUACUUAGCUAUUUCUGGACCAGAGCAAUAAUUCGUAGGAUAAUCUUAGUUACUUAUAGAGCAAGCUUUGCUCUGAGAUGAUUAGUCUUUCACCGUCAAUGUGCUAGAUUAGCUCUUACAUUUGCAAUUACACUUCUACUAUUAGGACAUUUUCUUGAAUGAUGGUGGGGAAUUAUCUCCUUGCAUUGAUCUCAGCAGCUCCUCACAAUGAAUUUUUUUUGGAAGAUAAUGUAGCACUUAAUAUUUAAACAAAGUAAUUC